AUGACAAUCUACAACGUGUACAUCUUCGAUCGCGAAGGUCAGUGUCUGUUCUACGACGAGUGGUUCCGCACGAAGCAGUCCGGGUUGGCGCCGAUUCAGGAGUACAAACUGGUGUUCGGAAUGAUGUUGUCGAUGAAGUCGUUUGUCGAUCGGCUCGCAACCAACGAUUCCAAUCAGACCGUCAACUAUUACAAGUGAGCAUGCUUGAGUUUCUAUUAUUUAUUGACUAAUCGGAAAAAAUUUUGGCACUGUCAUGAGUCUUGGUUUCAUUCUGAAUGGAUCAUCUGAUCUGGAGAUACAUCUCCUCCCCCUAAAGCUCAACGCUCUUUUCCUCAAUCCUGUUGUCAAUUUACGCGUCUUACAGAACAUCAGCCUACAAAAUGACGUUUCUCGAGUCGGCGACAGGCAUCAAAAUCAUUCUGAACACGGAUCCGAACGCGACCGGAGUCCGCGACCUGCUUCAUCGAAUCUAUCAGGCGUGGACGGAGACGGCGAACAGCGCCGCGCGACUCGAAUUGUUCGCAUCAAAUCCGCCGAACGAGAACUUUCUGAAGAGCCGAGUCAGAGAUAUUGUCAUGAAACAUGUGUGCUACGUGUGA